AUGCGUUGUCAGAAAUUCAGGCCCGAUGAGUGCUAUCUCGACGAGGGAUCCGAUGCUAUCUAUCGCGUUCUUAUGGCCAACGGCGAUGUCCUUUCUCGUGUCCGUUCCAAGCUUCCCCGCACUGGCGUGGCUCGUGACGUCGCAGCUGCUAGGAAGGCAGCAGAAUUUUCGGAAGAGGAAGAAGCGCAACGGGAAGAAAUAGCAAAGGCCCGCCGAAACAUGCAAAUCCAGUGUGGUCGUUACGCCCUCGAGAUUCUGUCUGGCGCCGACUUUCGAACGCACUGCAUUGGUGCUCUCGUUGCGGGAGGACGCAUUCAACCACUCUACUAUGACCGCUCCGCCAUCAUUGUGUGUAAACCGGUUGCUAUCUUUGAACAGGAGGGUACUGACGUUACGGACGUGUUCGUGGCAAUGCUCAUCGGAUUGGGUCGCCUUUCUCUCAAGCAGCGAGGCAUUCAGGAACAAUUCUACGACGACAAGAUGCUCAUCGAGAAUUACAUGAAUAGAAGUCGUGAUCCCAAUGCCGUCUUUGUUGGGAUAACGCUUAGGUUGGUUAAAGGUGAUGAAAAGGUCGAGGUGACCCUUGGCUGGAUUAUAUCACGCCAUCCUAGCAUCGUCGGUCGAGACACUUGCGUAGUCGAGGCCACAUCGGAGCAUGAGGGGUGGACGGGUAAACAACUGAUUGUCAAGAUCAGUUGGCCGGACAUCCGCCGAACAUCUGAAACAGAUUUUGUGGGAAAAGCUCGAGAGAAGGCUCGAAAUAUGACGCAAGGCAAAAGGCCAGAAUGGGCCCUAAAUCACUUGCCGGACAUUCUCCUCUCCCAAGACUUCGGCUAUGACAUAAAGUCUACUCAGACGAACCUGGUAGAUUUCUUCGCAAAGACCAUGUUUGUAGACAAGAAAUUUGAGUACGAGGGACGUGUGUGUCGAAUCGCUGUCCAAGAGAAACUGUAUUCCUUCGACGAACUGCAGACGCCUCAAGAGUAUGCUCAGGUCUUCUUCGAUAUUUUGCAGAGUACCAAAAGCAACAUUAUGUGGCGCCGGACCAUCGAUGGUCAUCUACGCGGGGUCCUUAACGAUUUCGAUUUUUCUUCCUUCCGAGAUGACACCCCUUCCUUGCUUCAGCGUGUCGGCACUCGACCUUACAUGGCGUAUGAACUCUUCGAAGAUGAGUAUGUCGAGGAUCCACCGCCUACUAAACACCUUUAUCGCCACGAUGUGGAAUCCAUCUUCUACGUCAUCCUUCUACUUUGUUGUCGUUACCAACUCGACACUACACAGGAAUCUUCUGAAUGUGCGAUUCCAGCAAGAAAAUUAGCUGUUUUCAUGGGACUCGGACAUGUCAACAUCAGUCCGAAGAGGGACUUCUCGCAAAGCAACAUCAUUCUUGCCUACAAUAUCGAGACAAACAAGGAUUAG